AUGUCUACCUCGGACGAGCCCACCAUCACCCUCUACACCACCCAGACGCCCAAUGGCAUCAAAAUCUCCAUAACCCUCGAAGAGCUCGGCCUCCCCUACAAAGUCCACAAAAUCGACCUCAAAACCGACGUCCAAAAGGAGCCCUGGUUCCUCGCCCUGAACCCCAACGGGCGUAUCCCGACCCUCUCCGAUACCUUCACCGAUGGGUCUCCCAUCGCGCUCUUCGAAUCCGGCGCCAUCAUGCAAUACCUCGUCGCUCGCUACGACAGCGACCACAAAAUCUCCUACCCCGCACACACACGCGAAUUCCACGAGACGAACUGCUGGCUCUUUUUCCAGAACGCCGGCGUCGGACCCAUGCAGGGCCAGGCAAACCACUUCCUGCGCUACGCGCCCGAGAAGAUCGAGUACGGCGUCCAGCGCUACACCAACGAGACGCGGCGGCUAUACGGGGUGCUGGACUCACAUCUCGAGAAGACAAACCGGCCCUACCUCGUCGGAGAAAAAUGCACCAUCGCCGACAUCGCGUGUUGGGGGUGGGUGGCCGCAGCCGGGUGGGCCGGGGUAGAGAUCGAGGAGUUCCCGACGCUGAAGGCGUGGGAGGAGCGCAUGGCGCAGAGGCCGGGAGUCGAGAAGGGGAGACAUGUGCCGGAGAGACAUGGGAUCAAGGAUUUGUUGAAGGAUAAGGCGAAGAUGGAGCGGAUUGCGAAUGAGAGUAGGGAGUGGGUGCAGAAGGGGAUGAAGGAGGAUGCGGAGAGGAUGGAGAGGGAGAAGCAGAGGGAGAGGGAGAAGUGA